UCCAUUGUUGCCGCCGCUACCGACGCUUCUUCUCAUUCGCGAAACUCAAACGCCGCGUCUCUUCCCUUUGUCGCGCUCGCUCUACGGUUUAUUUAUUCCGAGUCCGUUACCGAACGCACAACACAGUUCCUAUUCGCUUUUCGCUUGCCCUUCUGUCUACAAACUCUAAAAAUACCGCACACAAUGGCCGACGUUGUAGCUGAUGUUAGUGAAUCAAUCACCACCCCAGAAAAGAAAGUAGUAGAAUCGCCAGUAAAAGAUAAGAAGGUGCCAGAUUCUCCAGCCAAGAAAGUUGAAUCUCCAGUGAAAGAAAAGGCUGCUGAAAAUGGAUCUGCAAAAGCUGAAGAGGAAGACGAUGAAGUAAAAGAAAAUGGUGCUUCAGAAGAAGAAGAAGAGGAUGUUGAAAAAGAACAGAAUGGUGACACCAAAGACGAAGAAGAAACUGACAGUUGUCAAAAGGGUGUUAAGAGGAAAUCUGGUGCUUCUGAAGCAGCAGUUGAAUCUGAAGACAAUGAGAAGAAGGCUAAAUUAGAAGAAGCUGAAGAAGAUCCAGCUACUGCAGAGCCCCAAUUUGUCGAAGCGUAAACAUAUGUCCAUGACAUUAAAUUAUUCUAGACCCUGCCCUCCUUUUGUUAUAAUGAUAACUACCAUUUUGACUUCGAAGCAGAUCUCUUUGAUACAUGAAUUAUAAACUCUCCAUGUUCAAUUUGUUAACUGCUCCAAAUUAUAAUAUGACGUACAAAAUGUUUCCUUUUCUCAAAACUCGACAGCUCCGCGGUACUUUGAUAAUUAAUUAAUUAAUUUUAAACUUAAUUUUAAGUUAAUGGUUUUUUUUUACGUCUUAAUGAACUUGGUCAAUUUUUAUUUUAUAUCUUUUUACUAUAGGAUAUGGUAAAAUUAUAUUAUACAAAAGUAUAGUUUUAGACAAGGGAUGGUUUCUUUUUAAUAUUAAUAUUGAAAACUAUCAAUAUUUCUUUUAAACUACAAUGUAAGUAGCUAGAAAAUUAGUAAUACCUGUUGUGGUCCCACUAGUAAGGUUUUUGUAUUAUAUUCUACUUUAAAUUUAAAUAAACAAUUUAUCUAUAAGUUCAAAGUGGAAUACAUUUUUAAAACUAUGGUUGUAAUUACAAUUUACCUAUUUAGGAUAAUACAGUUCUAGUAUUAAAUAUAUUUACCUAUGGUAAUUAUAUAUAU